AUGGAGUCGUUCAGCAACCCUGCGUUUGUAUUAAAGUCUGUGAAGAAUGUGGUCUUUGAAGAUCGGCCAAUUGCGGCUUUGGGACCCAAGGAAGUGAGGGUCAAUGUUUCCGAAACGGGAAUCUGCGGCAGCGAUGUUCAUUACUGGCAGCGAGGAAGAAUUGGAAAGUUUAUCUUGGAGGAAGGCACCGACAUGGUUUUGGGCCACGAAUCAAGCGGAGUAGUGGUGGAGACUGGGUCUGAGGUCCCAAACUUGAAAAUUGGCGAUAGAGUUGCAAUUGAGCCUGGGGUUCCAUGUAGGUACUGCGCACACUGCAGAGAUGGAAAAUAUAACCACUGCGAAGAUAUGGUAUUUGCAGCCACACCACCGUGGGAUGGAACUUUAGCCAAGUACUACAAUGUUGCCUACGACUACUGCUACAAGAUUCCAGACCAUAUGGACAUGGAAGAAGCAGCUUUGGUGGAACCAGUUGCGGUGGCAGUGCAAAUCUGUAAGCGAGCUCAAAUUCAAGCCACUGAUUCAGUGUUGGUAUUUGGAUGUGGUCCUAUAGGACUCUUAUGUCAGUCGGUGGCCAAGGCAUACGCAUGUAAAAAAGUCAUUGGUGUGGAUAUUUCUGAUGGCAGAUUGGAAUUUGCAGCAAAUUUCGCAGCCGAUAAUGUCUACAAAAUGAGCAUGAGACAGGAAAAUGAAUCGGCUGAAGAAUUUGCAAUUCGCAUCUCAAAAGACAUCAAGUCCAAAUUUGACUUGGGAGCUGGCGCAAACGUUGUUUUGGAAGCGUCUGGAGCCGAACCAUGUAUUCAGGUGGGAGUUUUUGCCGCUUGUCCCGAGGGCCGUUUUGUUCAGGCAGGAAUGGGUCGCGAGUUCAUUUCGUUUCCUGUCACCGAAGCGCUUGUCAAACAGCUCAAUUGGACCGGUAGUAUACGUUACAGUAGUGGAGUUUACCCUAAUGCUGUUGAAUUGGUUGCAUCUGGAAAAGUCAAGGUGAAAAGUUUGAUUACGAAUCGGUUUAAAUUUGAGGACGCAGAAAAGGCAUUCGAGCUUGUCAAAGAAGGCCGGACCGAUGUGAUCAAGGUAGUUAUUCAGGGAUAUAGGAAAUGA